GCCGGCCCAGCUGCCAGCCUUCAUCAUGCCGUGGCCGUUUUCAGAGUCCAUCAAGAAGAGGGCCUGUCGGUACCUCCUGCAGAGGUACCUGGGCCACUUCCUGCAGGAGAAGCUGAGCCUGGAGCAGCUCAGCCUGGACCUGUAUCAGGGCACCGGGUCCCUCGCCCAGGUCCCCUUGGACAAAUGGUGUCUCAAUGAGAUCCUGGAGUCAGCAGAUGCGCCUUUAGAAGUCACUGAAGGAUUCAUCCAGUCAAUUUCUCUGUCCGUUCCAUGGGGCUCCUUGCUACAGGAUAAUUGUGCACUGGAAGUGAAAGGGCUAGAAAUGGUCUUCCGACCUAGACCUCGCCUAGCAACUGGUUCUGAGCCUAUGUAUUGGUCAAGUUUCAUGACCAGCAGUAUGCAGUUGGCGAAAGAAUGUCUUAGCCAGAAACUAACAGAUGAACAAGGAGAAGGAUCCCAGCCUUUUGAAGGACUUGAAAAGUUUGCUGAAACCAUUGAAACAGUACUAAGAAGAGUGAAAGUCACUUUUAUAGACACUGUCUUGAGAAUUGAACAUGUACCAGAAAAUUCCAAAACUGGAACUGCACUUGAAAUUCGAAUAGAAAGAACUGUAUACUGUGAUGAAACUGCUGAUGAGUCCUCAGGAAUUAAUGUGCAUCAGCCCACAGCUUUUGCUCACAAGUUACUUCAGCUCUCUGGAGUAUCUCUCUUCUGGGACGAGUUUUCUGCAUCAGCAAAAUCUUCUCCAGUGUGUUCAACUGCACCAGUGGAAACUGAGCCAAAGCUGUCACCUAGCUGGAACCCUAAAAUUGUCUAUGAGCCACACCCACAGCUAACGAGAACUUUACCAGAGGUAGCGCCCUCUGACCCAGUGCAGAUUGGAGUGCUAAUUGGUAGGUUGGAGUUGAGUCUCACGCUGAAACAGAAUGAAGUACUUCCUGGAGCUAAGGUGAGAAAUGAACGUCAGGAACUCUUGCAUGGUGGCGCUGUCUGCCAGCCAGUGUUUAAUAUUUGGAGAUACUACUCCGAGAACGGGCUCUGUGGAACACAAUUUAUAGGUACUGGCAUCAAAGUAUCCUAUGAACAAAGACAAAGAUCAGCUUCCAGAUAUUUUAGUACUGAUAUGUCCAUUGGUCAAAUGGAACUUUUGGAGUGCCUGUUUCCGACUGAUUUUCAUUCUGUUUCUCCUCACUAUACAGAGCUUCUAACGUUUCAUUCCAAAGAAUGGACUGAUUCUCACCCUCCUGUAUGUCUUCAGCUUCAUUAUAAGCAUUCUGAGAAUAAAGGACCCCAGGGUAAUCAAGCAAGACUUAGUUCUGUUCCUCAGAAGGCAGAAUUACAAAUUAAAUUAAAUCCAGUAUUUUGUGAGCUGGAUAUCAGCAUUGUGGACAGGUUAAAUUCAUUGCUUCAACCACAGAAACUUACUACAGUAGAGAUGAUGGCAUCUCACAUGUAUACUUCAUAUAAUAAGCAUAUUAGUUUGCACAAGGCUUUCACUGAAGUAUUUCUAGAUGACUCACAUAAUCCUGCAAAUUGUCGGAUAUCAGUACAAGUUGCCACACCAGCAUUAAACCUUUCUGUUCGCUUCCCAAUCCCUGAUCUUCGAUCAGAUCAAGAAAGAGGACCAUGGUUUAAAAAGUCACUUCAGAAGGAGAUUCUUCAUUUAGCAUUCACAGAUCUAGAAUUUAAGACUGAAUUCAUAGGAGGAUCAACCCCAGAACAAGUUAAACUGGAACUUACCUUUAGAGACCUAGUUGGGUCAUUCCAAGAAGAUAAGGGAGAGCCAUCUAUUAAAUUUCUCCACGUGUGUAGUGGAGUAGAUGGAGAUACAACAUCAUCAGAUGACUUUGACUGGCCACGAAUUGUACUGAAAAUAAAUCCACCAGCUCUGCAUUCCAUUUUGGAGAGAAUAGCAGCCGAGGAAGAAGAGGAGGGUGAUGGGCACUAUCAGGAAGAAGAGGAGGGUGGUGCUCAUUCCCUGAAGGACGUGUGUGAUCUGAGAAGACCAGCCCCCUCUCCCUUUUCUUCUCGUAGAGUCAUGUUUGAAAAUGAACAGAUGGUGAUGCCAGGAGACCCUGUAGAAAUGACAGAGUUUCAGGAUAAAGCAAUCAGCAAUUCUCACUAUGUGUUGGAACUUACGUUACCCAAUAUUCAUAUAACACUACCUAAUAAAAGCUUUUAUGAGAAGCUUUAUAAUAGGAUCUUUAAUGACUUGCUGCUGUGGGAACCAACAGCUCCUUCACCAGUGGAGACUUUUGAAAAUAUUUCAUAUGGUAUUGGGCUUUCAGUAGCCAGCCAGCUGAUCAAUACCUUCAACAAGGAUAGCUUUAGUCCAUUUAAAUCUACAGUUCACUAUGAUGAGGAAAGUGGAUCUGAGGAGGAGACUUUGCAGUAUUUUUCUACACUUGAUCCCAACUAUCGUUCCCGUAGGAAAAAAAAACUUGACUCUCAGAGCAAGAACUCACAGAGUUUUCUCUCUGUUCUUCUGAAUAUUAAUCACGGAUUAAUGGCAGUGUUUACAGAUGUAAAGAAAGAUAAUGGAGAUCUAUUGGAAAACAAACAUGGUGAAUUCUGGCUGGAGUUCAGUAGUGGUUCGUUAUUUUGUGUGACAAAAUACGAAGGUUUUGAUGAUAAGCACUACAUCUGCCUUCACUGCAGCACCUUCAGCCUGUACCACAAAGGCAUAGUGGAUGGAGUGAUUCUUCCUACAGAAGUACGACUGCCCAGUUCAGCGCGCCCACAUUGGUUGGAACCUACUAUUUAUUCCUCUGAAGAAAAUGGCCUCAGUAGAGCUUCUUCAGAUGGUGUUGGAGGAGACACUAUGAAUAUGCUUUCAGUUGCAGUUAAAAUAUUGUCUGAUAAAUCAGAGUCCAAUACAAAGGAAUUUCUCAUUGCCGUAGGACUGAAAGGAGCCACUCUCCAGCACAGAAUACUCCCUUCUGGGCUGAGCUGGCACGAGCAGAUUUUAUACUUCUUGAAUAUUGCUGAUGAACCUGUUCUGGGAUAUAAUCCUCCAACUUCAUUUACAACUUUGCAUGUUCAUCUCUGGAGCUGUGCACUGGAUUAUAGGCCUCUUUACAUGCCAAUCAGAUCGCUUCUUACUGUUGAAACAUUCAGUGUUUCAAGUAGUGUUGCCUUGGAUAAAUCAUCUUCUACGCUCAGAAUAAUCUUGGAUGAAGCUGCUUUGCAUCUGACUGACAAGUGUAAUGCGGUCACUGUAAAUCUGAAUAGAGAUUAUGUUCAUGUGAUGGAUAUGGGACUUUUGGAAUUAACCAUAACUGCAGCAAAGUCUGAUUCUGAUGGAGAACAAACUGACUCGCGCUUUGAGUUGCACUGUUCCAGCGACAUUGUCCACAUCAGAACGUGCUCAGACUCUUGUGCUGCAUUAAUGAAUCUCAUUCAGUACAUUGCAAGCUAUGGGGACUUACAUGCAGCUACCAAGGUGGAAACAAAGCCAGGAGCCCCUCCAAGAAAGACCACGGUAGAUUCCGGUGGUCGGUCGACCUCACGAGGCCCAGUACUUCCUGAAGCAGAUCAACAGAUUUUGCGAGAUUUGAUGAGUGAUGCUAUGGAGGAGAUUGAUGAGCAGCAGGCCACUUCCUCUGUGAAACCGCAGUCUAACGGUGUUUUGGAUGAAAGAUCUCACAUUCAGGAGCCAUGUUGUUCGGACCUCUUCCUGUUUCCAGAUGAGAGUGGGAAUGUGUCUCAGGAGCCCGGCCCCACUUAUGCUUCAUUCACCCACCACUUGAUUAGUGAUGCAGUGACAGGUGUGCCCACUGAAAAUGAUGACUUUUGCAUUCUCUUUGCACCAUGAGCAACCAUUCAGGAGAAGGAAGAAGAACCAGUUGUAAAAAUAAUGGUUGAUGAUGCAAUUGUGAUAAGAGAUAAUUAUUUUAGUCUGCCUGUUAAGAAGACAGAUACGAGCAGAGCCCCGUCACACUUCCCCAUUCCUGUCGUCCGGUAUGCUGUGAAAGAAGUCUCUCUCGUGUGGCAUCUUUAUGGAGGGGAGGAUUUUGGGAUAGCCCCUCCUACUUCUCCAGCUAAAAGUUACAUCAGUCCCCAUAGUUCACCUUCUCCGACAAGACAUGGACGUAAUAUAGUAUGUGGAGGAAAAGGAAGAAACCAUGACUUUUUAAUGGAAAUACAGUUAAGCAAGGUGAAGUUUCAGCACGAGGUCUACCCUCCGUGCAAGCCAGAGUGCGACCCCAGCCUCUUAGAACACCCAGUCUCCCGACAGGUGUUUAUCGUACAGGAUCUUGAAAUUCGGGAUCGGCUGGCCACAUCCCAGAUGAAUAAGUUCUUGUACCUAUGUUGCAGUAAGGAAAUGCCUCGAAAAGCUCAUUCUAACAUGUUGACAAUUAAAGCAUUACAUGUGCGCCCGGAGUCAGGCAGGUCAUUGGAGUGCUGCUUAAGAGUGUCGCUAAUGCCACUUUGCCUCAACAUCGACCAGGAUGCCUUGUUCUUCCUGAAGGAUUUCUUCACAAGUCUUUCGACAGAAGUGGAGCUGCUCAUGGCUCCAGAUCCAGAAGUCAAAAAGUCUCCUGGGGCUGAUGUCACCUGCAGUUUGCCAAGGCAUUUAAGUACCUCCAAGGAGCCGAGUCUAGUUCUUUCUUUCCCUGGGCCAAAGCAACCUUCCCAAAACGAUGCUGCCGAUUCAGCGGAAGUGGUUAACGGGGAGGAAGAGAAGGACUUCUCGGCUGAAGAAGCGUCCUUCAGUGACCAGCCGGUGUUUUUUAGAGAAUUUAGAUUCACAUCAGAAGUUCCUAUUCGACUUGAUUAUCACGGCAAACAUGUAUCAAUGGAUCAGGGUACAUUGGCUGGGAUUUUGAUUGGUCUGGCCCAGUUAAACUGCUCUGAACUGAAGCUGAAGAGGCUCUUCUGUCGGCAUGGUUUGCUAGGUGUUGACAAACUAUUCUCCUAUGCAAUCACUGAAUGGCUUGCUGACAUUAAGAAGAACCAGCUGCCAGGAAUUCUGGGAGGUGUUGGGCCUAUGCACUCACUAGUACAAUUAGUGCAAGGCCUGAAGGACUUGGUCUGGCUACCGAUAGAGCAGUACCGCAAGGAUGGCCGCAUCGUCAGGGGCUUUCAGAGGGGUGCUGCCUCCUUUGGCACCUCAACAGCCAUGGCUGCCCUGGAACUCACCAACAGAAUGGUUCAAACCAUACAGGCAGCGGCAGAGACUGCUUAUGACAUGGUGUCUCCUGGGACCCUUUCUAUCGAGCCCAAGAAGGUCAGAAGGUUUCCUCACCACCGCUUAGCCCACCAGCCAGUGGACCUGAGGGAAGGUGUGGCCAAGGCCUACAGUGUCGUGAAAGAGGGCAUCACAGACACGGCUCACACCAUCUAUGAGACCGCCGCUCGAGAGCACGAGAGCAGAGGGGUCACCGGGGCCGUGGGCGAAGUCCUGCGCCAGCUCCCGCCGGCCGUGGUGAAGCCUCUGAUUGUUGCCACGGAAGCGACGUCCAACGUGUUGGGAGGCAUGAGAAACCAAAUUAGACCCGACGUUCGGCAGGACGAGUCCCAGAAAUGGCGCCAUGGGGAAGACUGACGCUUCAGAUGCGGAUCCUCUGUGACGACGAGGGUGGAGCUAAGGAGCAGAGCGUCCCAGUGGCCAUUUUAGAGGGGACUCCUUUAAUUUUAUUGUGCUCAUCAUCUCAGGAACAAAAGCAUUUCUUAGUUAAAUAAUUUAAUAUUAUGAAAACAUGCAACCAAAACUUCUGUCAUUUUAGGGCUAGUUGGGUACUCGCCUAUAGAAAUGUUUGGUGGCUGGUGUCAAAAGUCCUUAAAGCCUUUGCUGCCAAGCUAGGGGAACGCUUGCUUUAUUCAGCUGACCUGGUUCUCCUGGUUCCAGACCAGCUGUCGGUGGCCCUCCUUUUACCGCACGGAGCACCGGGAAAGCGCUGCUUCGGCUGCUCUGAGAGCUUGGUUUCCUCGGUCUGGGGAGAACCACAGCUUCGGAACUUGCGUGGAGAAUGAGAGACAGAGCCACAGGCAGCGCAGAGCAGACGGGAGUGUCCUCGUGCAUGGCAUGAGGAAGCGGUAACCCAGCCUGUGGAUUCGUGUUCGUGCCCGGAACACACGACUUCCACUUACUCAGAAAGGCCUCUGUGGGAGCUGAGCGUGAAUGUGCAGACGUGUUCUGUCGUGUUGCACUUUAUCCUGUGUGUGUAUGUGUGUGUGUAUGUGUGUGUCUGUGUUUUUAGAUUAAUACGAGUCAUGUGCUGUCGUCUUUAUGUAAUUCAUAGAGUUACACAAAAUACAAAAAGGAGUCAAUCUGAAAGUUGUUGGUAAAGGAAGGUAAUUCUAGUAUAAUAAUUACCAUUUAUUUGAAGUGUAAAUAAAAAUGUGCAUUCUAUAAUGAGCUGGGGCCCACAUAAUUGUUUCUAUGUCCGGUCUUAAGCAGGUGUACCGCAAGCUUGCUGGGAAUGCGUGGAAAGGGGGAUUGGACGUGGUUUGUAUGCUUUUAAAAGUAACCAAAAAUCCUCUAAAUAUGCCCUAGUCAGUUGUUUCAAAGUCCCGUUUUUACUUGGUUAACAAUGUACAUUUUGAUAACCUG